AAAUGCCAUAAAAAAUGCCUUGUUUAUGUGUGUAGGAAAAAGGGUUUAUUAGCAGUGAGCAUUUUAUUUCGGGUGUGCCACUUAUGCACUCUCACUGAAAUGGUGGGUUCUGGCUUCUUUUUCGGCUUCUUCUUCGUCGGUAAGACAGUUUUGUACUUGAGCAUCACCAAGUCAUACUUUUGUGUAACUUUAUCAGCUCCGGGCGCAUGAAAAAAAAAGCACGAAUCUCAUUGGACGACCAAAAACAAACCCCUCGACGUUAAAUAAAUUUGACACUUGGACGCCACGUGUUUUACGCCAGGGUGUGAACACUUCCAGACCGUUUUUCAUGGUGCGGAAAUCGUCCUGGUGUGAACAGGGCUAAAUAGAGGAAGUGGGGGCGUGUUCGAGUGCGGGUUUGUGAAUGGAGGGCGGAGCCGGAGAGGGUGAGUGGUAAGGAUUGCACAUCUCCAGGGAAUUGUACUUAGGAAUGUUCUGUGUUGCAGUUAGCUGAGGCGAGAAUAAAAACUUCAGAGAUGAGCGCCUCGAAAGACAGAGAGAGCCAACCAGCACAGAGCCGUGUGUGCACACUUUUGUGUCUAUAAAAUAAAACCGCUGAAAAGCGAAAGUGAAAGAUAAAGAAUAUAGUGCCUUUUCAGUUGGUUCAAGCCUGCCUCCAGCUUCCUCAUUAGCUACAAGAAUCUGAGAAAGUGUUACACUUAGGGUUUCUACAAUACAACUAUUCUAGGAGUAAGUUAUAAACUGAAAUAGACAGAAAACAUCAGCUGCAUCGCUGAUGAAGAAAGCGUCCCCAGGGGGCAGGGCCUGUCAUCAAAGGGCUGUCAGUUUUCACUCAAAAUGUGCACAUCUGAGGUCAAGCCAUAGAAAUCGUUUGCUUCCACUUACUUUUUUAUGCAGUAAUGUUUCUCUUUGUGCACUAUUUGAUAAAAAAGACAUAAAUAUAAAUACAUAGAAAUGGGCAGAGUGCACAUGUUUCUUAUUCACUUAGACAGACAUGAAAAUGGUAGGCCUUUGGAUUUCAGAAAUAUGUCCAACAUUGUCCCACACAAACUUAGUACUUGUCCCACAUUUGGUCCGGUUGCAUCUGGUCACCCUAUCUACAGUACAUGUAGGCCACAGUCUGAAAAUUAUUUUAUCUACAUUUAUCUUGUAGAAGCCAUUGCCAGGAUAAUUCAUGCAGUUCUUAAGGCCAAUAAAAAAUAAUAAUAAUAUGAAAUAAAAAGCUUAUUUGUGCAGUGGAAGUUUACGCAUCUCUUAUACACAUGAAUCACUACGGUAAAUAUACUUUAAACAACACAAAUCUCAAAUUUUGUUUGUAUUAGUGACCAUUGUGUGUUUUGUAAGAAAUCUAUGUUUAGGGAAGUAGCUGCAGUUUGAGGAAGUGAUUUCUGUCACUCUUAAAAUUCACUCUAUAGCUGUAGGUUCUCAUAGUACAACACUCAAACGUAGAACAAACAAGAGAGCCACAGGUCAAUACAGACACGUUUCAGUGUUCUUUAGCCUAACUUCAUCAUGGCCAGAAGAUCCUUCAUAUACAUCAAUCCAGCUUCUAAGGCAGCACGUCAGCGUAGACGACACAGUGAUACUUCUGAUUUACUUGCUGUGAUCGAGCGGAUGCAGAACAGCAGAAUGGAUGAGCAGAGAUGCACACUUCCACCUCCUCUUAAAACAGAAGAAGAUUAUAUUCCUUAUCCAAGUGUUCAUGAGGUGCUGGGACGUAAAGCCCCGUUUCCACUGAUUCUGUUGCCACAGUUUGGUGGUUACUGGAUUGAAGGGACCAAUCACGAGCUCAGUGCCAUGCCAGCACAGGAGGAGCCACCCCCAUGCUCAGCCUCCCAGAUUAAACUGGAGAGCAAUAGCAUAGCCAAAAUCUAUAGGAAACAUUUCUUGGGCAAGGAGCACUUUAAUUAUUACUCUGUGGAUACAUCGCUGGGACACCUUGUCUUCUCAGUGAAGUAUGACGUGAUUGGGGACCAAGAGCACCUCCGCUUACUGCUUAGGUCAAAGUUUAAAACCUACCAUGAUGUGAUACCCAUUUCUUGCCUGAAUGAGUUCCCCAACGUUGUGCAAAUGGCAAAGCUUGUGUGUGAGGAAGUAAACGUGGACAGAUUUUAUCCAGUCCUCUACCCAAAGGCUUCCAGACUCAUUGUAACCUUUGAUGAACAUGUCAUCAGCAACAACUUCAAGUUUGGCGUCAUCUAUCAGAAGUUUGGGCAGACAUCAGAAGAGGAGCUCUUUGGGAACAGUGAAGAGAGUCCAGCCUUUAUUGAGUUCCUGGAGUUUUUGGGGGAGAAGAUUGAGCUACAUGACUUUAAAGGGUUUCGUGGGGGUCUUGAUGUUACACAUGGCCAGACUGGAACUGAGUCAGUGUAUCACAAUUUCCACAGCAAGGAGAUUAUGUUCCAUGUGUCCACCAAACUACCCUAUACUGAAGGAGACUCACAGCAGCUGCAGAGGAAGAGGCAUAUAGGAAAUGACAUUGUAGCUAUCGUGUUCCAAGAGGAAAACACACCAUUUGUACCAGAUAUGAUUGCAUCCAAUUUCCUGCAUGCUUAUGUGGUGGUGCAAGUGGAGAAUGCCUGUACAGACAACGUUCUUUACAAGGUAUCAGUGACCUCGAGAGAUGAUGUGCCUUUCUUUGGGCCUCCUCUCCCAGACCCAGCCAUUUUCAGAAAAAGUCCAGAGUUCCACGAGUUCCUCCUGACAAAACUCAUCAACGCUGAGUAUUCCUGCUGUAAGGCCGAGAAGUUUGCUAAACUGGAGGAGAGAACACGCUCUGCUCUGCUGGAGACAUUGUAUGAGGAGUUGCAUGUGAACAGCCAGUGCAUGAUGGGACUGGGAGGAGAAGAUGAAAAACUGGAGAAUGGAGGAGGAGGUGGAGGUGGUGGUUUCUUUGAGUCCUUUAAGAAAGUAAUUCGCAGUCGGAGUCAGUCUAUGGAUGCUAUGGGCCUGAGCAACAAGAAGUCCCACACUGUCUCUACCAGCCACAGUGGCAGCUUUACCCACAAUCCCCCAGAUAUUCCCAAAACACCUGGCAUUUCUCUGAUCAUCCCCGGGAAGAGUCCAACCCGAAAGAAAUCGGGUCCAUUUAGUUCCAGGAGGAGCAGCGCAAUCGGCAUUGAGAAUAUUCAGGAAGUCCAGGAGAGAAGCAGUAGGGAGGUGUCUCCCAGCACGCAAAAGAUACCCGAUAGUGGCCGUGCCUUGCAUGAGCCCAAUAUUGACAACUCUUCCAAUCACAGUUCGCCUGAGAUGCCUACCACCAGGACUAAUUCGGCCCUGUGGUGUAGAGCCUCCUCCAUUCCAGAGUCUCACGAUCUGUCUCGGUCCUCGUCCAAUGCCAGCAGCUUCACAAGUGUGGUGGAGGAGAACGACCAUGAGCAUGAAGCUACAGAAGACUAUGACACAGGACUGGAAAGCCUGUCUUCUGCCGGUACCCCGCACAAGCGGAACUCGUUCACGUACAGCAACAGCUGGUUGGACGAAAGUAUAAGCAGUGUUAGCCAACGCAAUCCACCAGCCGUCUCUCGGCAGCUGUCUGACCCCAUUCGGCCCAGAACAGAAAGGCAACACUCUGCUUCAAACUGCUAGGCCUUCUCAGAUUACUUCAUGAAUGGCCAUCAGCAGUACUCCCAUAAGCAGCUCCUGAAGAGACUAAAGCCGGCUCCUCCGGAGACCCAGUGCAGAAGAAGAGCUGUCAGUCACAGGACCUGUGGCCAGAAAUCCCAUCCCUGUUUUAAGGACCUGCACUGUUUUGUUUUCAUGUGACUGAACAUGCUUCCCAGCAUGCCUUUGGGCUUCAGCAGUUUACAAAGGCUAUCUGUUUCACAGGUGCCAAUGGUAACAGCCUGGGGCUUAUUAUGGAGCACAUUUCUUAUGGUUAUUUGUCUGCCUGCAAUACCAGCAUAGGGUGUUAUGGCUUUAACCAGAAAUUUCCUACACCAUAUCUCUCUUUAUUUUCCUCUGUUUCUGUUUGUCUGCCAGUCACUUCUUGUUUUUCUUUCACUCAUUUUGUGACUUCCAUGUAGCAUCAAGCACAACACACAUUACUGGUGGCUCUAAUUUUGUCUACUUCUUUGUGUGUGUGUGUGCGUGUGUAGUUGUGUUUAUUUAUUCAUGAACAUACUAGUAGGCAGAGGUCAGCUCGUCACUCACAGGGACACAGCUGCAUGGGAAAAAUUAUAUCCUAAAAAGAAUAAUUCAAAGACUCAAACAAGUACAACACAGCAGUGCACAUUUUUUUUUUUUUUUUUUUUUGUGCUGCAAAACACCCAUGAAUGAACACGUAGAGCAGUGCAACAGAAUUAUGUGUAAGCUUUUCUCUUCUUUUUGAAUGUUCAGAAGUACAUUUUGUAUUAUUUUCUGUCAGUUUUGUGAUUCCGUGAAUAUCUAUAAAUGUUAUUUGUUGUUAAAAGAACUGACUUGUGCUGGAAUAUACAAACAUUUACUAUCUUGUCAGGUGAGUAAUUGUUUAUAACAAGUAAUGCUAUAUGUAUAAUAACUUAUACUAUUUAUUUAAUUUUUUAAAAAAGUAUUUAUGGGUGUUUUUUAUGCACAACUUUGAUCUCUGCAGUAUUUGUAUUUGCAUUGGGAACAAGUUCAGACUUUUAGAUUGUAAUGUAUGUAGUGUGCAGUUUUACACACGUGACUCUUUUUAUUAUUUCUGCAGAGCACUUGAGGUUGAAAUUAUUCACUGUGCUGUCUACUGUGAGACGUUCUCAAGUUGCCUUCUAUAGCUUUAUCUGCUCGGUGUGAAACCCUUCUGCGUCCUACAGAGGGCAUCAGUAAGCUUUUGAAUGUAAAUAAUAGCUUGAUUGGGUAAUUGUGUGAUAUUUGCUAAAAGAAAAAGACUAAAUACAAUCAUAGUUAACGGAAUUCUCUACAACAUGGAUCAGUUGCUGUGAACAAUAAUUUCAAUACAUUUACUUGUAACGAGGAAAGAACAAAAAACAUUUAACUUAUAACGUUAGUGUGAGGGCAGUCAAUACCCAUUUAAAUACGCAUCUAUAUAAUGCAAAUUUUAAACAAAAAUGAAACCAUUCUACAAAAAUACACAAAAGAAACAUUUACUGACUGUCCCUACAACUGCACUCAGACGUCCCUAAUACGUGAAUUAAACCGCUUUUAUUGUAUUUUCCCCAUACAGUGAAACAUGCUAAAAUUAUUGUAUGUGGUAAUUGCACACCUGCAACAUAUGCAUUAAAUAACAAUAAGGUUGAAUAAUUCUGAAGUGUUACUAAGAUUUAAUCCACUGUUACUUUAUUGCUGCUGUGAUAUUUGGUUAAUUAUUUAAAAAAAAAAAAAAAUCAUUUUAUUAUUGUUUGUUUGUUUGUUUUUAAAUCAAGCAACUGUAUGUAUCUCAAAGAACAUUUCUUUUGUCCAUCGAAUUAUGUGAUUUAUGGUUUGUGCAGUAUAAAAAGAAUAUUGAUUAAAUGUAAUUGCCCCAAUUAUUACUACUACCUGGUGGAAUUCAAUGUUUGCAUAUUGUUCAGUUCCAUAUUUGUGUGUAUUACUGAACAGCACUCAUUUGUGUUUUGAAUCGCUUGUGUCAGUGCUGCGAGGAAAAUGUUUGAAUUUUCUCUGCAUUUUGCUGAAUCAUUCAAAGUGAAAACUGUGUCCUCCAGUGCUAGAGCCUUGUUAGUACAUUGCCGUUGUCAAACUUCUAAUCAAACUGUUGUUUAUGGUAUAUGCUUGCACACAUUAAAAGUUACCCCUCAGCACAAAUUCAUUUCCAACAGGCUGAUAUUACUUAAUAAAAAUUAUUGUACGUGUUUCCUUUAAA